GAAAUUCCGAGAAAAAAAUCUUGAUUCCGAAAUAUUCGGAAAUAAAAGCAAAAAAAUAAUGGUCAUUUUACCGUAUUUACAUUGUUUACCGUAUAAACAAGAUGGUUUCAUAUUAUCACCAAAUGCAUCGUGACUGGUUGCUCGUCCACCAAGUCCAGGGUUUUUUCUCUAGCACGUGAUGAAGCAUUGCAGGCUCUAAGGAUACAGUACCUCCUGCCUGCAAAUCCUUUAUCAGGAACUAUGACAAAGGAGCAACUUCGUCAAAGAAAGGUCUGCCAAUCACAUUUUGAGGAUAAAUAAAUCUAAAACAAUCUAUUGGUUAUGACAAUGAUGAAUGGAUGUCCUAUUUUUUAUUUAUCCAUGAAGAAAAUAAUAACAUCUCGGCGACCAUCCAAGCUGUUACUGAUCAGGUCAUCCAGUAAGUUAAACUGCUAAUAGAGAUAACUUCAAUUCAAUGUUGUUGCCAGAUAAUGCUGUGAGUGAAGAAACUAUAUCCUGCCAUCUACAUCAGAGCCACAUCUGUCAUUAUGGAUAAUAUUAUUGCUGCGUCCUAAGGUUCAGCUUGCAAAUAAACCCAUCAAGCAGAGGCAGUACACACAAACAAAAGGUGGACUCUUUGGUUUUUUUAAAACGGAGCCCGAAAGCGUAUGAGCUAUUGCGCCACAUAUUUAUUUUGCCUAGUCAACGAUCAAGAAAAUGAAGGUAUUGAGUGAAAAAACUGCCGCAAUGAUACAGCCCCAAAUUUGAUUCCGGCCCAGUGUAUAGUUUUUUUAACUAAAGUUUUUUGUUAUUUUUGCCUCAAGAAUGUACUUAUUGUGAAUUUCUUUGUUAAUGGCUGUAUAGUUUUACUUGAGUCAAAGAAAAUCGUAGUUGUUGCAUAAAAAAAUAAUUUAUAAAUCUAUUAGGGUACAUUUUACUGUCGUCUUUUUUUUCUUAGAAACUUGCAGUAGAUUAUUCACUUUUUUGGAAACUGAUAAUUACUUGUUAAUACCAUAAUUUAUUAUGGAAAAUUGUACUGUUAAGUAGGUAAUUUUUUUUCAUUACCUUAUAGUAGAUAAUGUCUUUUGUUGAUGGCUGUAUAGUUUUACGCAAGUUAAAGAAAAUCGUAGUAUAUUUUUUUCUACACAAAUUUUAGUUAUAAGAUGACAUAAUAUGAUUGUUUGUUUGUUUGUAUUGAAGAGGCUCCGAAACUAAGUACUGGACCAAUUUGAAAAAUUAUUUCACAAUUAGAAUCCUUUAUUUUCCCUAAUGAAGAUAGGCUAUAACCGGAUUUUUACAGGCGGUACGAAGUUCGCCGGGUCAGCUAGUUUCUUAUAAACAUGCAAAUACGGUAAAAAAUGAUUCAUUUUGUUAAUGGCUGUCUAGUGUUACGCAAUUACAGGUAAUCAUCAUUUUUAUUGUAAACAGAAUUAGGUACCAUUUAUUUAUAACUAGCUUUUGUCCGCGGCUUCACCCGCGUGAAAUUUAGUGCCACAGAUUGGCAUAAAUUAUACCCUAUAUGUUAAUCUAGAUUACAAAUAAUAAUACUGUAAAGGUUCAACCAAAUCCGUUCAGUAGUUUUUGCGUGAAAGAGUAACAAACAUCUACACAAACUUUCACCUUUAUAAUAUUAGUAGGAUUUAUAGUCAGCGACAAUAGAAAUGUUCGCUCGCUUGAAAUUUUGUAAACAAUUAUUGCAAAAAGUUAAUAUUAAUUUAUAUUAUUCUGUUCUGUUGGCUUCAAUUGUGGGUACCUAUUUAUUUUAAUAAGUUAAACUCUAGGUAAAAUUGACAUUUAGUAUGGAAAUGUAAUUUUAAACCAGUGUUCAUCCCUUUCAUAGAGGAGGUUUAAUUCUCUAAGGUUCAUCCCGGGCUUAAUUUUUUUUGUAUAAUGGGUUUUAUGACUGAAAUUGACUCAAACAGAGAUAAAAUAACUAAGAGUCUUUAACAUUUACUUACUUGGCAAUUAAAGAUAGAUUUACUCAAAUCCUACUUCGUACUAUGUAAUAUUAUAAAUGCGAAAGUUUGUAUGGACGUCUGGAAUCUGAAUGUUAACAGGUUUGUUACUUUUUCACGCAAAAACUACUGAACGGAUUUUGAUGAAACUGCAGUAUUAUACUUUAUAACCCAGAAUAUCUUUGAAUGCAGUUCCCUUUCUUUACAAAAAUAAAGGAAUGUUUCCUUUGAGUAAAAUUUUCUAUCUACAGUAUUAAGAGUACUUUCCCUACAGGUGGCAUUACAAAGUUCCACCCUGUAUAAUUUAUGACGAUCUUUUACAAACUAAAUUUCACGCGUGUGAAGCCGCGGGCAGCAGCUAGUUACUAAAUAUUAUGUUCAUAAAUAGUUCAGUCUCAAUGUUAUUGAUGAAAAUAAAGCCCAACUAGACUUUAUUUUCUAUUGGCGCGGUAGGUUUUCUUUUAUUUUUCUUAAAAACCUACAGUUGAUGAUUCUGUGAAUUAAUGACUGUAUAGUUUUACUUACUAAUAGUAUUUCAUAGUUUCCUAAGUUUAUGGUGCUUACUUAUAAUUAUCGAGUUCAGCGGAUGAUUUUUUAUUCCAUUAUUAUUUUGUAAUUUUCCUUACGGAAUAAGAAAUCAUCCGCUUGGUCGGCUUGGUAUAUUAUCUUCGAACGUGUAGAUAAUUCUAAGAUGUACUUCAUGUUCAGACUCAAGUGCUCAAAAGAUAGGACCACCUUUGUAAUUUUGUCGAUAGUUGUAUGCAUUAGUUUUUAAGUUGUAUUUUUAUGAAAUAAAUUUUUUAAUAAAACUUAUGUAUUUGGUUUUUUAUUUCUAUAAAUAAUUUGAAAUAAUAAUGUACCCGUACCGUUAUUGGUGCGGUAACGUUACUCGUUAUAAAAUAUAUUAAAGCGGUACUGCAACGUCGCUAAGGCAGUCGUUAUUAAAAAGUUACGAUCUUUUUUUUUUUUUAGCGCUACCCAAUGGAAGUCCAUAGAUGCCGGAACUUUUACUAUGAACGGACCAAUCAUAGGGCCGUUUCCUAUCUGUCCCUGUGUCUCAUCUGUGGUCAGUCAGUGGUCGAUGGUGGGUCAAUUUCUGUGAACGAGACAUCAAAAAAUACGAAAACAAAGGAUAAUUUAAUUUAAAACAGUACAAUAAAUCUAUUGUUAAUUUGAAUUAUGUUUUUAAGAAAAGAUUACUGGUCAUUAGUAUGUCGAGGUCGAAAGAAAAAGAUCAUUACUUUGAUUGUUAUCUUAUUGUUUUUAAUUAAUUCAAUGCUGUAUGUUAGUUUAGAGUUGUAUAAUACAGUCAAACGAAAACACAAGGACCCUUGGUACAAAAGUUUACAUUUCGAUGAGAAUUCCUAUGUGGAUAAGAAUGGAAUGAGGGUUGUCGUUGGGCAUUACGUUGGUGGAAACAGAGGGGGUAACUUGUCUGAGGAAGUCAUACACAGCAACAAUUAUGCCCCAGUUGAGGGUGCAGGGGAAGGCGGGAGGCCCGUGGUGCUGUCCCAGAAGGAACUGAUCACUGCCCGCGAACUGUACUCCCUUCACUCAUACAAUAUACUUGUUAGCGAUAAGAUAUCCAUAAACCGAAGUCUUCCAGAUGUCAGAAGUGAUAGUUGCAAAGAAAUUGAGUACAACAUAGAUAAUCUCCCAACAGCAACAGUAAUAAUAGUGUUUCACAACGAAGCCUGGUCAACGCUUAUGCGAACAGUAAUGUCAGUCAUAUUACGUUCGCCACCUUCACUCCUAGACCAGAUUAUUUUAGUAGACGAUGCUAGUGAUAGAAGGUAUUUGGGCAAAGAAUUAGAUAAUGCAGUGGAAAAAUUAGAGAAGGUGUCAAUAUUGAGGAGUCCAGAUAGAAAGGGACUGGUUAAUGCCAGGUUGAUGGGCGCGAGGACUGCUACUGGUGACGUAUUAGUUUUCUUGGAUGCACAUUGUGAGGUUACCAAAGGCUGGCUGGAACCAUUGUUAGAUCGCGCUGGCAGCGACGACGUAUUUAUCUGCCCGCACAUAGAUCUUUUAUCAGAAGAAUCGCUGUCCUAUACCAAAAGUAUUGACGCACAUUGGGGCGCCUUCAGCUGGCGGCUACACUUCCGUUGGCUUAUGCCAAGCAGUGAAGUCAUGAAGAAAAAGUCCGAAAAUCCUUCGAAACCUUAUCCUACGCCUGCGAUGGCUGGAGGCCUGUUUGCGGUAAGGAAAAGUUUAUUUUGGCGACUGGGGGGCUACGACGAAGGCAUGGUGAUAUGGGGCGCGGAAAAUCUCGAACUCUCUUGGAGAGCUUGGCAAUGCGGCGCCCGAGUUGAAAUCACGCCUUGCUCCAGAGUAGGCCAUAUUUUUAGGAGGCACAGCCCAUACAAAUAUCCCGGUGGAGUUUCGAAGGUUCUGAAUUCGAAUUUGGCUCGAGCGGCGACAGUGUGGAUGGACGAGUGGGCGGACUUCUUUUUUAAAUUCAACCCUUCGGUUGCCGCGAUUCGUGAUCAGCAGGAAGUAGGGAGUCGAUUGGAGCUCCGUAAGGAAUUGAAUUGCAAGAGUUUCAAGUGGUAUUUGGAGAAUGUGUGGCCUCAACACUUCUUUCCGACUGAGGAGAGGUGGUUUGGGCGGGUCAGGAACGAUAGAGGCGGUUGCUUAGGGGUGUCUUCUGGGACUCCGGGACUAGGGGGGCCCGCUGCCGGUAUCGAUUGCGGGACGGACAUGGAAAUCGAUAGAAUGAUAGUUUAUACACCAGAAGGCAGGGUUAUGGCUGACGAAGGACUAUGUUUAGAGCAAGGUAACGGACGAGCUGUUUGGAAAAGCUGUAGCGAUAACCCUAAACAGGUGUGGGAGCAAAAGGGACCGCGACUGAAAACCAAGGGCGGGUUGUGUUUAACGUUAGUGAAGGAUACUAGCAAGGAUAGUGUGGGCGACCCUUUGACAGCUAAGAGGUGUAUGAGCAAAGAUGUAGGUCAAAUAUGGCAUUUUGAACGUGUGCCUUGGCGAUAAAUGUGAUAUUUAGUUUAAUAGUCUUCAAAAACAGAUCUGAUAAGCUUUUAUUUAGUGUUAAGUAUUGAGUUGUAACUUGUAAGUGGAUAUUACAAAACUAAGAUUAAAUUAAAACGAUCUGGUAGUGUUUCUUGCACAAAAUAGCGAAUGAAAUAUUAUUAUAAACAUUAUGAACACAAAUUAGAAGCUUUUAUUGCAUUUAUAAUAAAUCCGAAAAUUCAGGAGAUUGUGGUUGUACAAAUAGUUAGAUCUUGUGAAUUAAAUUAAGUACACAACUGUGAUUAUUAUUGUUAAAUAUGAUCUUAUUGCACUAAACAAACAAUACACUAGAUAGAUAAAUAAAUAGCAGGAACACAAUAUGGGCAUAUACAUUCAAAGAAUGAAAAUUUUAGUUUAAUAUUAUUAAAUACCGCGGUUUAAAUGUGUUAUGACUGUAUAUUUUUACAGUGGUUAAGUAUUUAAUGUGAUAAUAACUAUUAACAGUUAGGAAUAAGAUAAUUUAAUCAGCAUUCAUUAAAUACUCUUAACGGAUUUUAUCAAAUUUGUACUGUGAACUGUCUCAAGUCUUGUCUGCAUCAGGGCACAAGUUACUAAAUUAGUAGGGAAUUUAGUGCGAGAACCCCUCCACUUUGGUGUAAUUUUUACAACAGUGAUUCUUUGUUAUGUUGUUGUAUGGCUUAUGUUGUUGUAAUAGAGUCGAUAUUGGUGCGGUCGUAAAUUUUAAAAGCUUAAAUUUUGCGAACCCUGAUGCAGACGAGGCUUUAGAACUUAAAAGAAAUGAGAGAAAACUUUUUUAGUAAUGGUACUUACUUAUUAUAAAUCUCUUUUAUUGCCAAUAUUUUUUGCAGUUAUUUUUUUAGUGGCUUGAUGCAUUUCUUCAGGAUAUUUUUUUUGUGUAAUUUUACUUCUAGUCUUUAUUUUUUUAUUGCUUUACUAUCGCCUGUGCGACAAAACGUCGAUUUAUGUUUUAGGAUAUAAGUACUUAAUAGAUUUUACUUAUUUUGUAAACUUUAUGUGACUUCUAAUUGAAGGUAUUUCUUUUAUGUAUAGCCUGACCAGGAACAUAAAAACCCUGGCAUAGAGGCGCGUCAAUUGCAUUUGAUAGUGCAACACUGAGUACAGUCGUAUCUGUGUUAAAUUAAUAGGCUAACUUUAUGUA